UGACCAGGAAAGUAGCACCGACCAAGCAGAGUUUCUGGUAGUGGGAGCUGCACCUCUGCCGCAGUCUGCCGCAUCUCUUGUUUCUGCUGACCAGCACACCUGACAGACAGCGAGUCCUCAAACCCAAGGAGGGUUUCAUCUGCUAUCUACAAGGCUUAGAGUGCGCAUAAACCUCGUUUCUUUUCUAUAUAAUCAGAGGGGGUACUAGAAACCCUAGACGGCAUUAUGAUGGCUGUCGAACCCCAAGCGCAAUAUAACACCUCGUAUAUGAUGAGCGAGGAGCAUCAGUAUAUGUCUCCGGAGGAUGAGUGGGACAGGGACCUACUGCUGGACCCCGCCUGGGAGAAACAGCAGAGAAAGACGUUCACAGCCUGGUGUAACUCCCACUUGAGGAAGGCAGGGACACAGAUCGAGAACAUCGAGGACGACUUCAGGAAUGGCCUCAAACUCAUGCUGCUGCUGGAGGUCAUCUCAGGUGAGAGACUGCCCAAACCCGACAAAGGCAAGAUGCGUUUCCACAAGAUUGCAAAUGUGAACAAGGCCCUGGACUUCAUCUGCAGCAAGGGAGUCAAGCUGGUGUCCAUCGGCGCUGAGGAGAUCGUCGACGGUAAUACGAAGAUGACCCUGGGAAUGAUCUGGACCAUCAUCCUGCGUUUCGCCAUUCAGGACAUCUCCGUGGAGGAGACCUCUGCUAAGGAGGGUCUUCUUCUGUGGUGCCAGAGGAAGACUGCCCCCUACAGGAACGUUAACGUGCAGAACUUCCACAUCAGUUGGAAGGAUGGCCUGGCACUGUGUGCCCUCAUCCACAGACACAGACCUGACCUCAUUGACUACUCCAAACUGAGAAAGGAUGACCCCAUCGGUAACCUCAACACUGCCUUCGAGGUGGCUGAGAAGUACCUGGACAUCCCCAAGAUGCUCGACGCUGAAGACAUUGUGAACACCCCCAAGCCUGAUGAGAAGGCCAUCAUGACCUACGUGUCCUGCUUCUACCACGCCUUCGCUGGCGCUGAGCAGGCUGAGACAGCAGCUAACAGGAUCUGUAAAGUGCUGGCUGUGAACCAGGAGAAUGAGAAACUCAUGGAGGAGUAUGAGAAACUGGCCAGUGAGUUGCUAGAGUGGAUCCGCAAGACCAUCCCGUGGCUGGAGAACCGCAUGGCGGAGCAGCAGAUGAAGGCCAUGCAGCAGAAGCUGGAGGACUUCAGGGACUACCGCCGCAUCCACAAGCCUCCCCGCGUCCAGGAGAAGUGUCAGCUGGAGAUCAACUUCAACACCCUGCAAACCAAGCUGAGGCUGAGCAACCGGCCCGCCUUCAUGCCCUCUGAGGGAAAGAUGGUCUCGGACAUAGCCAAUGCAUGGAAGGGUCUGGAGCAGGUGGAGAAGGGAUACGAGGAGUGGCUUCUUACUGAGAUCAGACGUCUGGAGAGACUGGACCACCUGGCUGAGAAGUUCAAGCAGAAGUGUUCCCUGCACCAGUCCUGGACCUCAGGUAAAGAAGAGCUGCUGUCCAUGAAGGACUAUGAGUCGGCCUCUCUGAUGGAGAUCAGGGCUCUGAUGAGGAAACACGAGGCCUUUGAGUCUGACCUGGCCGCUCACCAGGACCGAGUGGAGCAGAUCGCCGCUAUCGCCCAGGAGCUCAAUGAGCUGGACUACCAUGACGCGUCCUCUGUGAACGCCCGCUGCCAGGGCAUCUGUGACCAGUGGGACAACCUGGGUACGCUGACACAGAAGAGGAGGGACUCCCUGGAGCGCGUGGAGAAACUGUGGGAGACCAUUGACCAGCUGUACCUGGAGUUCGCCAAGAGGGCGGCGCCCUUCAACAACUGGAUGGACGGAGCCAUGGAGGAUCUGCAGGACAUGUUUAUCGUCCACAGCACCGAGGAGAUCCAUUCUCUGAUUACAGCCCAUGACCAGUUCAAGGCCACCCUACCAGAGGCUGAUAAGGAACGCAUGGCCACCAUGGGCAUCCAGAGCGAGAUUGUGAAGAUCGCUCAGACUUACGGCAUCAAGCUGUCAGGAGUCAACCCCUACACCAACCUCUCCCCCCAGGAUAUCACUAACAAGUGGGAGGCGGUGAAGCACCUUGUUCCUCUCAGGGACCAGAUGCUGCAGGAGGAGGUGGCCAGGCAGCAGGCUAACGAGAGGCUGAGGCGCCAGUUCGCUGCCCAGGCCAACAUCAUCGGACCCUGGAUCCAGACCAAGAUGGAGGAGAUUGGUCAUGUGUCUGUGGACAUCGCCGGUUCUCUAGAGGAACAGAUGAACAAUCUCAAGCAGUAUGAACAAAACAUUAUCAACUACAAGUGUAACAUCGACAAACUGGAGGGAGACCACCAGCUCAGCCAGGAGUCCCUCAUCUUUGACAACAAACACACCAACUACACCAUGGAGCAUAUCCGUGUGGGCUGGGAGCAGCUGCUGACCACCAUCGCCCGCACCAUCAACGAGGUGGAGAACCAGAUUCUGACCCGCGAUGCCAAGGGUAUCAGCCAGGAGCAGCUCAACGAGUUCAGAGCCUCCUUCAAUCACUUCGACAGGAAGAGAAACGGCAUGAUGGACCCCGACGACUUCCGUGCCUGUCUCAUCUCCAUGGGUUACGAUCUGGGUGAGGUGGAGUUUGCCCGCAUCAUGACCUUGGUGGAUUCAAACAACACAGGCGUGGUCACCUUCCAGGCCUUCAUCGACUUCAUGACCCGUGAGACGGCCGAGACAGACACCGCUGACCAGGUCAUGGCUUCCUUUAAGAUCCUGGCCUCCGACAAGGCCUACAUCACGGUUGAUGAGCUGCGCAGAGAGCUGCCCGCAGAGCAGGCUGAGUACUGCAUCAGCCGCAUGACCAGGUACAUUGGAGCCGACGGCCCAGCCGGAGCCCUCGACUACAUCUCUUUCUCCAGCGCACUCUAUGGAGAGAGCGACUUGUAAACCCCCUCUCCUGUAUGGAGAGAGCGACUUGUAAACCCCCUUUCCUCCUCCUCUCGUCUUCCCUUCAUUUCCCCCCUCUCCUGUAUGGAGAGAGCGACUUGUAAACCCCCUUUCCCCCUCCUCUCGUCUUCCCUUCAUUUCCCCCCUCUCCUCUAUGGAGAGAGCGACUUGUAAAACGCCUCCUGCUCUUUCUUCCCUCCAUCCUCUCCCUCCUGUACAGAGAGAGGUUUAGUUACCCCUUCCCUUCCCUUCCCCUCUCCUCUUUUCCCCUUCCACACUCCCCAGCCCUAUACCUCGCCUCCUCAAAUAAUAUUACAAUUCCUAUUAUUUGGAAGGGUUGAAAAGAAAACAAUGAAAUACUGGUUGGUUGGUUGGUUGUGUAUUGAUGCAGAUGCAUGCUCUGUUUGUAGUAGAAAUGCUGUCCAUGUUGAAUGGUUGAAUCUCCCCCCCCAACACACAAAUCCUUUAUAGCAGCUCUCCGUCCCCAUGCAAACACCCCUCUCUUUCCACAGAAACGUGUAAAGUUGUCCCAAUGCUUUCAUAAUGUUGUAAUUUGGUAUUUCAGAGAGUAUAGGGUGCCAUCAGAAGAGAGCAGUGAAUUGUGGGUAAAAGGUAGUUAACCCCUGAUCUCUGAUCAACUUGUUUAGAGGGGUGAGGACACUGACAGGAAUAAUUAUUUUUGAUUGGAGGAUAGGGUGAGGAUGCUGACAGGAAGGAUAAUUUUGAUUGGAGGAAUCAAAGAUAAAGGAGUAUAAUAACUGUUAUGGCCAGAAAGAAGUGUGUCGGUCACCACUCUCCUCUGUCUCAUCCCUCUAUCAUCACUCCAUCAUCUGUACCAGGUAUAUGACAACACCAAUAGAAUGAUAUAAUAUGUCAUAUUUUACAUAUACUAUUUCAUAUCAUGUCCAAUGAAACCAUAUUGAGGUUGUCUGCUUGCUGUGCAUUUUGAGAGGAGCGAGAGACAGGUAGAGGUGUUGAGUAGUGAAAAAGAGCGAGAGAGAAGGAAAUCAGGUAAUGUUCUGGAGAUAAAGGAAUAUGGACUCAGGAACCCAGGUAUGGUGAAACAAAGCUAGGCCCAGGCUUCAUCCAAAAUGGCACCCUAUUCCCCAUAGGCUCUAGUCAAAAGUAGUGCACUACAUAGGUUAUAGGGUGCCAUUUUGGACUCUGUGUAGCCCAACUAUCUAUGCAAGGAAGCUUUUAGGUUGUGGUCCAGUUCAAUAAGAGGAUGGCUGCGUUCCAGGCUGACCACACCGCAGACGGCUGCCAGAUCUCACAACGCCUGGAUACUUGUUAAACAUAUCAGCUAACCGCAUCAUAUGGUAUAGCAAUCUGAUGCCUGACUGUACAGUUGAUGAGGUGGCACUCAACCAUUUGCAAUGUAAUUGGCCUGGAACAUGACAUGUUUAAAACAGAACCUGAGAAUGUCAGCCAUGAAGUGAGCAAGGGUAUUCUAAUGACAGUGGGCAAUCCUCAAAUCGGCACCCAAUUCCCUAUGUCGUGCACUAGUUUUGACUUGAUCCGAAGUCGCCAAGUGCACUACGGAGGGAACAGGGUGUCAUUUAGGACAGCGACAGAACCGGUAACUCCCCUUUGCGUGGAUUCUUUCUCUUCUGUCUUCUCUAUUAUUCCUUCCUCCUGUUUUCCCUCUGUUCUAUCACCCGCUACAAGAGCUUGCUUCCACACAAUCCUUCAAAGUUAAAGUCACACCUUGGAAUAAAUAAAAAAGGAAAACUAUAUUACUAUA